GGUCCCACAUCUUCCCUGGAAGACGACCUGAGUUUCAUGUCUGCCACCCUCGCCUGCACUCCCACCGGUGGAACCAAAGUGGUAAGCAGUUCAAAUCCCUAGACUGGGACACCCUCGGCAUACUCAGCACAAAGCUUCCUCAGAUCCCAAUGAUCUUAUAAGUAAUUUUAUAAUUUUGAGGGCGACCUAAUUUUCGUUCAUUAAAGAUCGUGGGAUUUGGGAGGGAGAGGGGAAGGCUACCAUUUCGGCUUAGUUUGAUCAAACGCUACCAAGCUAAACAUGUUUUGGUUUUCUACGUUAAAAGGGGUACAUAAAUUGAUAACAACCAUGGCCAACAGCCACUAAAGAGCUACGCGUCACAUGGCAAAGAAAAUGUUAGAAAGAGGAAACAAUGGAGAGGAGAGAAAAUGAUAAGAGAGGAGGAUCGAAUUCGUGAAACUUGUUAAAACGUAGAGGAAAGGAGAGAGUGACAGAAGUGGAGAUAGAAAGAGAACGAGAGAGAGAAGAAGAAGAAGAAGAAGAAGAAGAAGAAGAAGAAGAAGAAGAAGAAGAAG